UUUGGAUUUAAGGUUUUUGUGGCUUUGUGUGGAGAGAGAAAGAGACGUGGAGAGCAGAAAUGGGGAGAAGGAUAUUAAACGAUGCUUUGAGGACAAUAGUGAAUGCAGAGAAGAGAGGGAAAGCUUCGGUGGAGUUGCGACCCAUCUCUACAAUCAUGUCUUCUUUCCUCAAGAUCAUGAAAGAUCGAGGGUAUAUCAAGAACUUUCAAGUAUAUGAUCCACAUAGAGUGGGGAGGAUAACUGUUGAAUUACAAGGUAGGAUAAAAGAUUGUCGGGCACUCACGUACAGGCAAGACAUCAAGGCAAAGGAUCUAGAAGCAUACAGAUUGCGAAUACUUCCCACUCGUCAGUAUGGGUAUGUUGUGAUAACUACUCCAGAUGGUGUGUUGGACCACGAAGAAGCAAUUGGUCGGAAUGUGGGAGGUCAAGUUCUUGGUUACUUUCACUAGAUGUCUGUGGUGCCCUUUAACACUUCUAGGCGGAUGAUGGGCAAAAAGUGUAAUGUCUGCCAUUGAUUAAAUUUUAAAAUUUUGUUCAAACUGUGAUGAAUGGUAGAAAUAACUUGCUAUCAAUGAAUCUCACGAGGUAUCGAGUUGUCAUUGAAUUACUAUGUAGCUGAUCAUACCUUCCAAAUUUCUGCCUAUGGUAGAUUUGAUUGCUCAAAGUUGCUUGUUAUCGAUGGCUCUUAUCUGCAAUUCCUUGGAUGACAAACAAAUUAGUGUUGUCAUUUGAUAACUUUUAUUUUGUCAGUUUUUGUUGUCUUUGCCACAGAAGAUAAGAAGGCUUAAGAGUUGGUCCAUCAAUCGUCUUCUUCUGGUGCAAGAAUUUCCAAGGGUGCAGCUACCAUAAGCUCAACUUUUUGUAAGGACAAAUGUAAUAGUACUUAUAUCCAAUAUUUACAUCGAGAUCUGUGCACUCAUUAUUUUAA